AAUUCACCACAGCAUGCUGCUCUCUGCCUCGUUCUUCUGAUACCUUUCAAGCCGAGUCUGUCGUUACCAGCAACUGAGGGAAGCUAGCGAACUCUUGCCUACUUUGUCUCAACGACCAGCGCACGCUUUGGGCCCUGCCAACCAAGGCCUUGCACGAAUUCUCAUGAUCUAUUUUUCCUUGGCUGGCCUAGGAUAACAUAUCCAUAUCAUAUUACCCCGGGACCCCUUCACAGCCUCUCCCCCUGCCAUAAGAGCCAAUAUACAAACAUGUCUCUCGCGCCUGCAGCCCAGCAACCGCAACCGCUACAACCGCGCCCGAAAGUCUUGAACUUCAUCACUGGCAACGCCAACAAAUUGGCCGAAGUCCGUGCCAUUCUCGGCGGUGUCCCCGGCCUGGAUCUGCAGAGCCGCAAUGUCGAGGGCGCCGAGAUCCAGGGCACUAUUGAAGAGGUCGCGAGGGACAAGGCCUCGAGGGCGGCGAGGGCGGUAAACGGCCCAGUCCUUACGGAAGACACGGCGCUGGAGUUCCAGGCCCUCAAAGGGUUACCAGGUCCCUAUAUCAAGUACUUCCUCCAGGCUCUUGGCCACGACGGGCUCAACAAGAUGCUCGCCGCGUACGAAGACAAGACCGCCUUCGCGGUAUGUACCUUUGCGUACUGCGAAGGACCUGGCUGUGAGCCGAUUCUGUUCCAGGGGCGGUGUCAGGGCAAGAUCGUGCCGGCCAGAGGGCCACCAAUCUUUGGCUGGGAUGCCGUCUUCGAGUUCGAGGAUGGCCAGACAUAUGCUGAGAUGGAGAAGGAGAAGAAGAAUCUGAUCUCGCAUCGCGGCAAGGCUCUAGCAAAGCUCAAAGCCUGGCUUGCUGGCGGCGAGCUGGAGCCGUAGUUUCUCGGGCGGUCCCUCAUUCCGAUAGAAUCAUAGACUCCGUGACAGACAUGAUGCG